AUGGUCGACAUGGAGAGCCACUACCAUCCCCCUUCGCCCCUGGAGGACUCAGUGCUGGGAAGCCCCCUGUGCGUCGAUGAUGAAUUCAUGGGUGGCAUAGAGGAGCUCCAGGACAUCUCGCAGUCGAUCGACAAUGAUGCCCUCAGCUCCUUUGAUGUCCCUGAAUAUCAGUCGUCCAGUAACGGCUCUGAAGGUUCUACUGUUCUAGGUGAAAACUCCUCAUCAAACCGCUCAUAUUUAUCUCUCAGUAUAGGAGUUAGUUAUUCUCUCACUCCUGGCCGAUUCAGUGUAAUCUCCUUGCUGUAGUUGUCAUACUCUGUCACUUAAACCUCUUAAUAUCUAAUUUGUUCUAACAUAACCUUACCAGAGGACUUCCUGUACACACUGGCUCAUUUACCACUUGUUUAAAUCGACAUGAAAGCUGGUCUACAAUCCUUUGAUAAAUCAUUUCUUUACACACUUUGUUCCACUUCUUAAUCUCCUGUCCUUCAGUCUCAGCCUUGUUUACUCGGUCCUGAUUCCUUGAUUGUUUAAUACCUUUUUCUGCGCAUUUCUCUCGUUAUUUCCAGCGCUCUCUCUCUAGAUAUCAACCUCUUAUUUUCAGGGCUGUCUCGUUUCACCUCCCUGUCCUCCUCCAGCCCUUCUCCUCGCCUCAUAACUAUUAAGGAAUUCACACAUUCCUCAGCCACCAUGCUCCACCGCUCAGGAAACAUCCAUUUUGCUGCUGUGUUUCCUCUUGAAUAAGAGUCACACUGGCAUCUCGGGGAAUUUAUGCCUCCACCAAAUUAUGCAACAAGUGAAGAAGCUGUGAAUAGCGUGGAAAGAUAAACAUAAAACGAAACAAUAGAAGGGGUGCGAGUGAGAGGGGAGGAAGAAAAGAGGGGGAAGCUCUGUGGAGCAGGCAUCUCGGAAACAUUUGAUGAUGUCAUGGAAAAGCCGCUGAGGGUCUGUUAAGGAUUUAUGGGUGUUUGGAGGGGUAAACAGUAAGAAACAGAAGCAGAAGAGCCACUGACAUGCUUGUCUCGAAACGUGUGCGCUUGAAACAGGCAGAAACACAACUCCGGGUCAGCUGCCAGCUACUUCUUAUCCCUGUUUUGGCGUUCCUCGACCAACUCAUGUGGCCUGACUUAGUGCCUCUGUUUUUAUCGCUAAUAUUUGUUUACCAGGUAGGUUUCAACCAACCAUGUUCUCUGAAGGUGAAAAUCUAAACUUUUUGGCAACCUGUGGCAAAUCUCAUGACCCAAAGUCCACAAGGAAUAACAGAAAUACAACCCCAGGGAUAGGAGGAACACCGCAGGAGGCCUUUUAAUAUCUCAGAGUGAAUAGCUGCAAAGGAACAAGCUGUCUAUGUCAAAGUUCAGACCGAGGUUUAAUUUCACUAAUACCUUUCCAGGAGGAGAUAGAGGUCACAGAGAGGAUGUGUUAUUUUUCUGUAGUGCUUGGUCAAAGUCAAGUUUCACUUAACUCUGACCAAGUACUAACUGAAACAUUUACAAAAGCAAUAGAUGCUGAUUCAUGAUUAAGUGGUUGUCCAAAGUAUUAAUAAUCGUCCAUGUCAAGAGUUCAAGAAGUGAAAGAUUCAAAAGGUCUGAUGUACGGAAGCUGAGAACGACCAUGGAUUUUUUUUAAUGCAAUGUUAUCUCGUGAUAACUACUUAUUAUCUCAAGAGAACAAAGUUCGUUUUCUCAGAAUUAUGAUAAUUAAGAUUUUUUUCUCAUGAUAAAGGCGUUUUGACUGACCCCAAUAGUAACUUCUAAAAAGUUACAAUUAUUAUUUCUGAAACGCCGUCGCCACCGUUGCCAACAGCAAGUCGGAGUUUUUAAUGAAAACGCUGUUGGCAUGCUCCACUUUGCGCAUUACCUUUCAGUGUGGGAACAUUUAACCGCCAUGCGCGAAUCAAUGAAAAUGAAUGUGUGACGUCAGCGUUUUCAUUGAAAACCCAGAGUUGCUGUUGACAACGGUGGCAGUGGCAUGUCAAAAAUAUCCUGAUCUGGAGGGCUUUUAAAAGUUACAGUUUGAGGUCAGCUGAAGCAACAUUUUCAUUAUCCCAGGAACGCAGUCUUUUUUAUGUCGGGAUAACGAGAUAUGAAGUUGUUAUCACAAGAUAAAAGGACAUAAAAAAUGAAAAAUCCAUGGCUGUUCAUGGAUCAAAAUAUCACUGAAAUUUUGUAGAGAAAAAUUGUCUGUCGCUUCAAGCAAGUUGUAAAAAGCUGAGCUGCCUUACCCAGAUUAUUUUCAUCAUAAUUUUUUGACUGUCCUUAAAAAUCAGUGUUAUCGUCUGUUAUUUGUGCUGUUACUCGUUCACCUUGUCUUCUGGACCUAGACUCCAACUUUAACUGAACUCUUAAAAAAUGGACAGUGAGAGGCAAAAAAAGGAGGUAAUGAAAGGUGAAAGAGACAAAGGCAAAAAGAUGAGGUGGAAAAGAGGAAAGAAGCAAGGGAGGAUGGGAUUAUAUAAUUCAGAUAUGACUCUACUGUGUGUGCAGGGCAAUUUAAGCCAUUGUGUCCCAAAGCGAUUGAACGCUCAGAUAAAGGUGGCAGAUCAAGAGAGGGUGAGCUUGUCUGUGUUCAAAAACAAAAUCAACAUCAGCGGAGAGCAGGUAGCUUUUCCUGACUGGAUUAGCCUCGGGCUCAGCAGAAAAAAAAUGUGGAUUUGUUUGUUGAUUUCUUACCAGAAAGGCAAAUUAUGCGCUUAGAGGCUCAGAAAAUCAUGCAGAGGUAAGGCUGGAGGGAAAUGCUUCAGCUUGCAUGUCUGAAAUGUCUGAUUUCUGAUUCUCUUUGGCUGUUUUAUCUAGUUAAAAAAGAAAAAAGGCCCCAAAAAAGUCUGUCUGAAAUCAGAAUUGCCUGUUGUGUUUUAGAGGAUGACUCAGCUGCAAUUGUGUGGCUAACUGAUGUGUUUUUAGUGAUCGAGGAGGCUCCUUUCACUGGCCUUAUCUGCAGAAAUACAACUUGAUAUUUGUAUUCCAUGGGAUCUGUGGACAAUAAGUCAGAGACAGCCUGUCCUCACAGCCUGUCCUCACAUGUCCUUUGUUUGCUGUCAGUGUUGGUGUUGCCUCAGGAUGUUUCAUCAGUUGGUAGUUUAAUCACCCGUCUGUCUUUGUGUGUUGUAGACGCCCUGACACCAGCAUCCAGCCCAUCAUCGGUUGUUUAUGGACUGGCAGCGAGCCAAGAUGACUUCUCAUCUUCCUCCUCAUCACUCAAUCUGGAGUGUCGAGUUUGUGCUGACCGCGCCUCUGGGUACCACUACGGAGUCCACGCCUGCGAGGGCUGCAAGGUGAGAUCAAAAUUACACACUUGGAUUACACAGUCAGACAGUUAUAGGGCUGGGCGAUAAACCGAAUUUACGGAUACCAAAAUUUACGCCAAUAACCGAAGUCAUUUUGAUGUCAAUAUAUUUGGUGUCAAAAAAAUAAACAAAUAAAAGUUGGUUUUGGAUGUGUGUAGGUAGGCUAUGGUCUCAUGUCCCUUUAAGACGCUGUCCUCCAUCAGAGAAGUUGCCAUCCUGCAGAUUAGGGCUGGGCGAUAAACCGAAAUUUUACCAAUACCAAAAUGUGUGACAAUAACGAUGUCAUUUUGCACAUGCCAGUAUAAGCAAUGUCAAAAAAAUAAAUCAAUAAAAGUUGGUUUUGGAUGGGUGUAGGUAGGCUAUGGUCUCAUGUCCCUUUAAGACGCUGUCCUACGUCAGAGACGUGACUCCACCCCAUCCAGUCUGUAACAAAUAGGGAAAGACAUGUGAGGAGAUGGAGGACAGUUCAAAAGUUGUAGCAGCUGGAGUAGAUGAAGUUAAUGUGGGAGGGGGUGAGCAGCUUGUCGAGUAGUUAUUGUCCAUUUAUCUUUAUCGAGGUGAACUACUCAAUAUAUCUUUAUAUUGAUUGAGGCCAUAUCGCCCAGCCCUAGACAGUUAGGAGGGUGUUAUUGUGAGGAUUUAAUCCAAUAUCUAGUGUUAACACUGCUUUCUCUUCCUCUGUCAAUAUUUCCGUCAAUAUCUUUGCAUCAGAAGCCAAGGAUCACAAACAGCUCUUUUAUUGAACAUCACUGACUUCCAGAUCUGAGAUUUCCAAGAGCUUCAGUAAAGAAACUAGGACAAUAACCCAGAGGCAGUGUGUCUUGUGACCACCUAGUCAUACCCCUGAAAAGCAUCAAAAACAUCAGGCUGUGAGGUUACAUGUUGCUCAGUAAUCUAUCAGUUAAUUCUUCACCAAUCCUGUUGAAGAACAACCAGAGGCCGCUCUUCAAGCCACUAGAGGACAAGAUAACGUUGCCCGAGGUGUCAGUGUGUGACAUUUCCUGACAUUUUGAGCCUGUGAUUGUGUUUCAGUAUUCUGUUUUCUUUGCUUUUACAUUUCAUGUCAGAGGAAAAAUAAACUGUGCAGCCUCAGAAGAUAAAGAUUUUUCCAUGUCCCUUUACUGUGAAACUUGUGGGACAGCAGUGGGAAUACAAAUGUCAGGAAGUGAUACACCAUGUCACCAUGCUGUUACAUAAACAUUCACACACCAGCAGCAGCAGUUAACUUAGGAGUAAAUCUGAGAAACAGAUUAUGUUUCAGUGUUUGUGCAAUACUUUAUAAACUGUAACUGUUUAAUAGGACACAAGUAUCCAACCUGGACAAAGACCUCAGUUGUCCGCAGGAUAGAGUCAAAGCAACAUGACCUUUGCGGUGUGAAGUCUUGGAGCUGUAAAACUAUAGAACAGCAGGUUAUCGUAGAAGUCAAGGUAGAUUUGUUUAGCUCUUAGAGGGGGCAAUUAAAAGUCCGUCUAUCAGGACUGACCUGUGAGGUGCCGAAGGUGAGAUAAUGGUGAAGUCCGUACUGGUUGCAACAUAAGCUGGAGCCGCUGAAGUCAGCGUUUCUCAAUCAAGUCUUUCAUCAUGUCACAGUUGUAUAUCAAGAUUGGCCGCUCUGAAUUUGGACCUGGAUUCAUGAUGACGUUUUUAAAGCCUUCAGUUAAAGCUCUAGUGAGUAACUUUAAGUAAAGAAGAGGAGUGCUGUGGGCCCAAAAUCUGAUCAAAGUAACAGGAAGUAGUCUGUCUGAGAUCCACAACACUAUCACACGGUUGUGAUGACCAGGUUUUACGAUGCAGGUGUUUUGAUUGUGGCGUCAAGGAAGCAUGAAGAUGGUGAUAAAAAGGGAAUUAAAGAAAGUUAAAACUUGAAAAUGCUUUGACUUGAAAAGAGCUCGAUUUAGUAAAAACAGGAAUAUGCAGUAAAAUUCAAGAUGAGGAAACACUAAAUCUGAAGACUAAGUAACACCAAGUGAAAUUUAAGAAAUAAUAAAUAAAAAUGAAGUAAAAACAAAAGUAAAAAGAUACUAAACUAAGAGCACCAAAACAGCUCAUUAAAAGAUGAUCCUGACAUUAAAACUAGACAAAGAUAAAUUCUAAAACUCUCCAACAAAAUUAAGUAAAUGAUAUAAAAUUUAGUUAAAGACGAGACUAAAAAGGUACGUCUUGAGUUUGCUUUUAAAAUCAUUAUCCAAAUAUCCAUGAACGUUUUUCCAUCCUGUUAAUAUGUCAUGAAGCUAAAAUAGGAAGACCCUGACCUCUGUAAUGACCCCCUGACGAUCUUUUUACGACAGUGGACACAAGCAGGGUCAGCAUGAGCCCCUCUUGACUCGAUGUCACUCUCGGUUUAUAUGGAUCCUAAUGUGCUGAGAGUUGACCUUUGGAGUUAAGUCACAUUCAGAGUACAUGCUCUCACGUGCUCGAAGUGUGCCUGUGUUUUAUCAUAUUGUCACAUCUUGUAUUUGUAAGUGUUGUACUCUUUAGAUAUCUGUGUUUGUUUUUUGACACAUAGACUAUUUGGUUUGGCUCAGCGUGUUACUCCCUGGAGCUCUUUUCUGCCUAGCUAGCAAGCAUGCAGCUAGGCCCCUCUGUAUCCUGUCAAAGUUAAAUGUUUCUUUUCUGUCAAGGUUGUGCAAGCGCUAAACUAAUGGAUCUGAGACGGACAGGCUCCAUUUCCUAGGGAACAAAUGAAUAACGCCCACAAGUUGAUUCUUUCAACAUAGCUGAUGGUCAAAAUUAUUCCUGGUUUUAUACCAACAGCAAUUUGUUUGAUACUUGCUGUUAUAUUUUAGGUUUUACAAGCUGAGGGGAACGUUUUGCUUCCUGCCAGAGAUGACAUAAUAGAACAGGGAAGUCUUGUCCUCAUGUGAGCCACCUUCACAUUUGACCUUUUUUUUCCUCCCCCCCCGAUCGCUCCUGCAGGGUUUUUUCCGGCGGACGAUCCGUCUGAAGCUCGAGUACGACAAGUGCGAGCGCCGCUGCAAGAUCCAAAAGAAGAACCGCAACAAGUGCCAAUACUGCCGCUUCCAGAAGUGCCUGUCAGUGGGCAUGUCCCACAAUGGUGAGUCCUGCAGGGGUGAAGCAGGUCUGGGCACACAGACACACACACACACACACACACACACACACACACACACACACACACACACACACACACACACACACACACACACACACACACACACACAUACUCACUAACUCCUGCAUGGUUCAUGUUACUUGUAAACACACACUACUAGCACACUUCUGCAGAUGACAGACAAGACAGAUAGAGCCGGCACGUACACAAAUAAUUAGAACACAUGAGUAAUUGAACACCACAGUCGGGGUUUGAGUUGCACGUCAAAGUGAGUUACUAACUGAACACUAACGCAGACUGUUAGACUGAUUCUUUUAAGUUUAUCCAUGUGAACGUUUGGGAAGUCUGCAUUUGUCCUAGAGCAAAGAGCAAGAGCACCUAGAUCUGCAACAUAUGAUGUUACACUUCAUCUGGUUGAGCGUGUUGCAGAUGUCACAUUGAUUGAGUCACAAUGGAUAGUGAUUGCUAAACCCAAUGACCCCUUAAACAAGGAAGGAAAUCCCAUCAUGACUAAGUGACUCUACCUGUGUCAUGAGUGGAUUUCUUGUCCCUGCAAAACUUGUCAGCCCAGCUCUCCAAACAGUCAAGACCAAACCUUGAAUACAUUCUCUAAAUAAUCCAGUUGUAAGUUGCACACAGGAACGUUUUUCAUAACUUCAUUUUCCUGCCAUGAUGACUAAAUUCAGACUGGCUGUUUUUGUUAAGUUAAACCACAUUCUGGCUUUCCAGCGAUCGUUUUGUUUUAUUUUGUGUUCCAACACAGUGAUCUGAGAUAACAAGAAAAACAGUCGAGAUAUGAAGCAAAGAAAAGUAAAAUUAGAGCAUUUGGGGAAACAGGGAAGAAUGAAAUAUGAAAACAUGCACAUUCAAAGAUUUGUAAACACCCGAUAAAUGGUGUUCUCAACUUUUCAGCGUUUCCUGUAUUUUAUCUUUCUGAAGUACUGAGCUGAAAUUACAAGAUUCUAGUCAAGUGUUUACUUUAUGUAAACGAAACUUGACAUCCUGACCCUAAGUCAAGGCCAAUGUCUCCAAUGAUAUAGGAGAUAAAAUUCUUGUUUGUGGGGGUUGUUUUUUCUUAAAAAGGAUUAUUAGGGCCACAUUUAAAAAAAAAAAUAAGGCUUCAAGAUUCAAGUCGAUUGUAUGAUUUUUUUUGUGUAUUCAUCUGUUCAACAAAGAGAAAAUACAAAACAGGGUGACCACUUCGAGGGUUGUCCUACCGAUAAAAAAAUACAAACUUAAUGUACAGCUCCGUUAUAAUCACCUUAAAACAUUAAUUAUUUUACUCAUAUUGCAAUUGAAUCAGGAAUGCAGACAGCUAUUAGUUAAGUUUGCACUGAAACUUAAUUUAAAACAAUAAAUCUUUGUUAAAACAACUUUAAUAGGUGUGAUGGCAUAGUUUAUCUACAUGCCAACUGCUGUCUGUUCUUUGCUUUUAUACCAUUUAUCAUUGAAAAUGUCACUUCUCCUACACUUUUGGACUCAUUUACAUAUCUCUUGACUAUCUUCGUGUCACCUCUGGUCCUCACAGUGGAGGUGGGUCCUCACAGUGGAGGUCUGCAGCCAGACUGUCUUCUCCCUUUUCCCCUCCACAAAAGCAGUUUUAUGACUUUAUUUACUUUGUGAUUUAUUCUGGUAAGGUUACGACUUAAAUCUCAGUCUUUCAAAAGGGUUAAUGUAAUCAAAGACCUCACAUAUAAACUUCCUUUAAACACAGCCUGUAUCUUGAUGAUGUUACAGUAAUAUUGUACAGGUUAGCAACAGUAGUAGCAUUCCUGUCAGCUGUACUUCAUCUUACGGUUCACUUGUAUUGGGUUUCACUGGCCUGAGUGUAAACUUAGAGGAGGAGGAAGGAGAUUUGAGACCAGUGUCACCUGAUCCUUUUGAAAUCUACGGGACAGCAGAAUGGCUAAUUUUGGACCUUUGUGCUUCAGUUUGUAUUGACCUGCAACUGGUAUCAAAACUCACUUCCUGAAUAAACUAACAUCAGCAUUUCUUCCUCGAUUUUCUUUUCCAGCUCUUAUUGCAUAAAUGAAAUUAGAAAUUACUUUAAAAAAUGAAGCUCCUUUAAGUUUUAUUCAUAUACAUAAGGAUAUAUAUAUAAGAAUAAAACUCAAGUCCUAUUGGUGCAAUUAAAACACAGUUUAAUUACUAACACUUUGUCUGUUAAUGAAACAGAAAAGACAAUUGGUGUUGAUUCUGAUGAACAAAAGCUUAACACAGGAAACACAGGAAAAUAAAUAAAAGAGCGUUCAUGUCUGAAUCUGGAAGGAUGUGAGUUUCUAUCUCACAAAUUAAAGGGGAAAAGAGGCUGGAAAAUCUUAAAUUUGAUAUUUUUAAUCGACUUUCACAGAGAGAAGUGUCACAUUUUUCAAAUUUGUCGAAGAAAUAUCGAUAAUCCUACACACAUGAGAGUGUCAAUUCAGGUCUUAAAUUUCUUAAAGUUUUCUGAAAUUCAGCUACAUCUUAUAAUUUUUACAUCUUUUCUGGUUUUAUUACAGCAACAACAUCCCUUAAUUAUCACUCCAAACACCUUUAAAUCCAAAACCUUGAUGAUAGAUUAUAAAAUAUAAGAAAAGAAAUAUUUAUUAAAUUUGAAUCUUCUUGCACCCGCCUUGAAACAGCUGAUUUUCUUGACUGACAGCCUGUCCCCCUCCCACCUUUAGCCCCCUCCCCUCUGGCCUUUCAGACUCAUCCCUCACACCACUUCUUGGGACUUACGCUCAGCUUAACAUCACUCACUUCCUCUCAUCUUAAUUAGACUUGGCUCCUGCCCAGGCGUCCACCGCGGAGCUUUAGCAGCUUCAGACACUACAUCCACUUUGUGAGCAGUAAUCUAAUGGGCCCUCAUGCUGUCUGCUCGCUCCGUAGCUCAUCCCCGCUCAGCGCCGCUCAGCCUGCCCGGAUCUGUUUCAGCAGUGGGUGGCUUGCUGAAAAUACGGGGAAAUCAGAUCUCCUUUUUAUACGUUUAUAGUCUCGUAAAACGCAGGCAGUAGGCGCGGCUGGAAGUUAGUACUUAAGGGAGAGGUUUGUGUGUGUGUGUGUUUAUGUGUGCGUCGGUGUGUUUGUGUUUACAAGAGUGUGCAUCGGUUUAUGCCCAUUUAAAUUGGUGAGAAAGGGGUUAAAAACAGUUCACCUGUAAUCUCAUUAGUUAAAUGGGAUCAGGCCGUCUGAGAGAUGCCUGCAACCUCUCAAAGAAAAACAACUUUUGCAAUUUUAAACACAACUUGUAAAACCUUGUCACCUGUAGGGCUGGGCGAAAUGGACAAAAAAAUUUAUCAAGAUAAGUUUUGCCAUUCAGGUGAUAACGAUAAAAGUCCCGAUAAAAAAAUAUUAAAGUUCCUAUCUAUGUUUUUUACUCUAUUUUGAGGACACCAGUUGGCAUAGUCACAUAAGACACUUCACUUCAAGUUGAAGUGGUAGAUUAUUGAGAAAACUAACCACUGUCCGAAGUCAGGCGUACCUGACUGCACUCGUCUUUAACCCCAGUCUUAAAGGAAAUCCCUCAUGUGGAGCCUCGUUUAGCAACAAACUGCUCAGAGACGUCUUCUUCACCACCGUCGGCCUUGUUUGUUUGUUACUGUGAUCUGUGUGGGCUACGGCUACGAGUCCGCGAUUAUCGUGAGAUGGCAAAUAGUUAUCAAAGAAGAAUUUUUCCGACGAUAAAUUAAGAACGAUAAUUUAUCGCCCAUCCCUAGUUACCUGUUGUGUUUGUGUAGAAAAGCAAAGUAUUUUCAUCUACCUCAUUUUUAAUAGAAACAUACAUUCUCCUUCUAUUGUCCCCUUAGAUCAAUUGCGUCUGUAGAUGUAAUGUCAUGAGACUGAAAAGAAAAAAUCCUUUAAAAAUCAAUAAACUGAUAUCCAUAAAAAUCAAUUAAAAAGAGUCAUUUUAUCUACUUUCAAUGUUUUUUGUAAAAUUUAUUAACACUAUAGCAGCUUUAAUGACUCUAGUAUCUGUGCCACAGCUGACAGACUCAUUCAGGAAACACUAAGAAACGUAAACUUCUUUGCUCAUGUUUGACUGUUGAGGGAAAAAACGGUCCAUCAAAUCACUCUGACCAAAAUGUAAACAGCAGUUGUUGUGGUUUGUCUUUGAAAAUCCUGAUUAACAGCUUUCUCGUACCCCUCUGUGAAAUAUGAGAGAAAUUUAAGGUUAACACUUCGACGCUAUAGCAGUUUAGACUCCACCAGUCUGCUUUCUUUAUUAAGUUUCAAAAUCAUGGCCUAAAUUUUUGCCUUUUUCUCUCUACAGCUAUCCGUUUUGGUCGGAUGCCACAGUCAGAGAAGCUAAAGCUGAAGGCAGAGAUGGUGAUAGGAGACAGGGAGGUGGAAGACCCUCAGCUAGCCGAUCAGAAGACGCUGGCUCGGCAGAUUUACGAGGCCUACCUCAAGAACUUCAACAUGAACAAGGCCAAGGCUCGGACCAUCCUCACCGGCAAGACCAGCACUCCUGUAUGUAAUUUAAUCGUAAUGGGUUGGUGUAUCAAAUAUUGUGUUUGUCCUCAUAACCAGAGCUUCCUCACAGGUCCAGGCCUUACUAUCUUGCAACCUAAUAAUUUAUUUGUCCCUUCUGGGCAGAUUUCAUGGUUAUUCUGAGCUCAUCCAAAAUUUGCAAUCAAGUGAAUGUCUCAAUAUGACCUGACAGCCCGUACCUCUGAGAGUUUGUGCUGCCAGCCAAUGACAGAAAUAACUUUCCCAAUCACCACUGUGAGCCAAGUCACAAGCUGGAAAAGGAGACAUCUGUUUGCACCAGAUGAUAUAAAGAGCCAGUGUCAGAGCACAUCACCUCUCCCUCUGCUGCCUGUUCUCCUCCAUGACUGCAGUCUUUUAAUCUACUGUCCCUGUGCAGCCUCUCUUUGAUUUUCUGUACAAAAGGUAGACGAGUGGAGGGUCAGACACUGAAGCUUAGAAGCUCAUGGAUGGAUUUGUGUAGGCGUGAAGGAGGUCAAGAGGAACAAGUCUGCCCAAGUGCACAUCGAUGUUAAAACACAGGGCUCUAUUUUCAUACCUUGCCGGCGGAGUGGCGUAGGCAUGGUAUAAAUCAGGUCUGCCACGAUGAUGAGGCGUGCCCAAGCACACUUGGUAUUUUGGUGAGCAGCUCAGCCUGGCGGAAGUAUCCCCCCUCCCUAACUCAGCUCCUCUCAGCGGCAUAAGUAGGAAAGAGGACGAGGAGAAGGCGUGGAGUGGGUUUAACACAGCCGAGUCCUGUUUUCACCAAUCACAUCAGCUUCUCUCCUCACCUUUAAAUGCGCCACGGUCAAGCGUGUUGCAAAUUUGGUAAACUAGUCGAAGAGAUUACUGAAGACAGCAACGCCACAAGAUGGCGACAGGACGCAGCCCCUCAACAAGUGUUGUGGUAGGCGCUGUGGAGGGCUUCCUCCACACUCUGUCAAAUAAGCACAGAGGGAUUUGGUGUGUGCUAUGUUUUACCCACUGGUAAGACAAACACCUUUUGACAUGUGCGCACUGCUCCGCCGAUCAAACAAAAUACCACUUGACCAGCUUCGUCCGCUGAAAGCUGACCAGGUUUUAACCGGCGUGUUUUUGGCGCACUUUCUACGCCACCGGCGGGCACAAAAAUGUCACUGCGCCAGCUGAUUCUGUCAACAACUCCCCCUACCGCACCACCCCAUCCAACUUGGCGGAACUCGUUGCGCCUCAGUCUAUUGAAAUAUUAAACUCACUGUGCGUUGGACUCCGCUGAACUAAAAUACCACUGCGUGGGGUGUGCCACCCUACACCUUGCCGCCGGGGGGCACAAAAAUAGAGCCCACAGACUUCUCCCCACAGCUAAUGGAAGUCAAAGCUUAUGGAAGUCAAAGCUUGACAAGAAGUCAGUCAAAAAUGUAUAUAUUGAUAUACUCUUGCUUUUAAAAAGACCUCAUGGUGUCACAGGACCAGUAUGCAACAUAAAAGUUCCUAUAAAAGUUAUAUUGUUUUGUUAGCUAUAGAUGUUUUCAUGUUGCAUAACUUUAUUUCUGGUUAUGAAAGACCAACCCACUGUUUAGAUUAGGAGAUCGUAAAGUUUUACACUGCUUCAACUUAAAGGUUGAUCUAGGUCAUCAACUUAGUUACUUGAUGCCAUAAGCACGCUUUCCAUCAGGUUUGGCUCAUCAGUCUCAAAGUCAGGGAAGGUUACUGAGCCAUAAGUGUGUCACUGUUGACUAGGAUUUGUAUACACUGAAUAAAUACCAGUAUGGUUUUCUGACUCGACUGGUUUUGCAGUGGUUUGAUUAAUCUGACAGCGUGACAAGUCUUGACUCGAGGUCUUAAAUCUAAAAGAAAACAAGCAGCUUAAGACAUACCAAGUUGUCACUGUUGCUCUCGGCUACUCUGUGCGCUGCAUAAUUCCUUUCUUGUAAAUGAGAUUAUUGCUCUCAAUGAGAUUUUCCUGGUCAAAAAAAAAACAUUUUUUUUAGAAAUUUUAACUUUGAUUGCUAAGAUUGUGACUGUUGAUAACAUUGUCAGUCAGUGUUCAUCAGAAAAUGAUAACACAAGGAGGCUCAGUGUCCUCUUGUUGUUUCAAGUCAUGCAGUAGAGUGAGAUUCUCAUGUUUGCUGUGUCGUGAUUUAAUUAUGUAUACUCACAACAUUAGAGACAUCCCCUUCCUUAACAACUGUUAAAGUAUUAGCAUGCCAUGAUUUUACACAGAGACGGUAAACACCACAAAUAUUACCCUCCCUAAAGAUCAAACACAUCUUGCAGCACAGCUUUACAAAUCAUCUAUGAAUUUUCACUAGCCUACCUGAAGCUCUCUGCUAGAUAUAAGUCUUUGAAUGCUUUCCAUCAAACAACCUCUGGAGCACAGAGAUAAAUAAAGCUGAAUGUGCUUAUUUAGUCCCAUGUAGCUCCAAGUAUAACCAAAGUUAGUUAUUUCUUGGAAAAAGUUGACCUACAAACCCCUUUGAGCCCCCAUAAGGGUUGAAGCUGGAAGGGAAUAAUAUUGUUGUGGGAAUUUAAAGAAUCAACAAGGGCUGUGGGCUUCUUACCUCUUUUAACCCCCACUGAGGGACCAGGUUCUCCUCUGGGUUUAUGAUAACAGCAGUGUAUCCAUUAGGAAAAGCAGAUAUACAUUAGUGAGGGCUCAUACACUGAAGAGGUGGACACACAACAGUAUUAAAUAAACAUGUCAUUUACAUUGAGAGUUAUCAGAUUUGGCAUGGACCUGCUCGUUUAAACUUUGUGCCUGAUAUGUCAACUCCUCAUGUCUUUUAAAAUACAUGUCCCAAGUGAUCUGACAAGCGUGGUUUGUCGACAUAAAAGCACCUUAAAAAUAAACGGCUCACUGUCAUGUCCCUCAUACUUUCCCUUGUAACUGUAGCCCACAUUUAGCACAGCGUUCAUUAAUCAGAGCUUUUACAGUGAUGUGCAGCAACAGUUGGAGGAGCUGCUGUUCAGAUAUUGUAACAAGUCAAUUGUGGGGACGGGGACACAGCUUCUCACACGUACCUGCUGACUUAGCUCGCCCGUCUAUACUCGUGUACAUCUCAUGGCUCGAUGGUGUCUUUUCAUGAUGAAACACUAUCAGACAACAGGACUAGAGUUUGCCUCAGUACGCCCACUUCACUGUAACACAGCUGUACUUAUAUUUCACGUCCAGUUGUUUCUUCAUUAAUCUGUGUUUGACUGUUAAAGAGUGACAUUCAUAAUUUCAUAGCCGUGGGGUCAAAGAGAAUUACUAUGUUGUCAUGGAAACACCCGAGUGUCAAUAAAGGCUUUGGGCUUAUCCUCUCCUCCAGGUCAGGAUUAUGGGUAAACACUAUCGUCGCUUUAGUUUUUCACGUAGAGACGUUGCUGAUUCAGCUUUUCCCAUAUUUAUGUAGUCAAGUUUGUGUCUAUAGGCCAAAAUAACAGAACACGCUGUACUGACAAUGUACAUACUCACAUGUUAAAAGUAAAUCAACUUUUUCUUUUUUUUUUUACCGAACCUUCACAUAUGAUUCAGUCAGUUUGUCAAUUAGUUAAUCAGAUAAUUAAAGGGAUAUUUCGGUAUAAAAUUAAGGUAGGGCCAAACACACCAUAACACUGAGUUAGACACCCCCUCCAGAGAUGAAUGUUGUCGACUGCUUGCUUCUCUAGUUAUACCAACGAUCGAAUGAUUUUCUUCUAAGGACUCCACAAGCUCUUUCAUAUAUGUGCUCAUCGAGGCUUUUUGGAUUAAAAUAGUGUUUUAAAUUCCAGUUUUGGUAGAGAGCCGUUGCAGAGAAGAGAGAAAUGAUGUCUCAUAACAGUCUGUCAUUCUUUACCACCCACAGCCUUUCGUCAUCCACGACAUGGAGACCCUCCAGCUGGCAGAGCAAACCCUGGUGGCAAAGAUGGUCGGCUCAGCGGGAAUGCUUAAAGACAGAGAGGCGGAAGUCCGCAUUUUCCACUGCUGCCAAUGCACGUCGGUGGAAACCGUCACUGAGCUCACAGAGUUUGCAAAGUCUGUCCCCGGGUUCUCAAGCUUGGACCUCAACGAUCAGGUGACUCUUUUGAAGUAUGGCGUGUACGAGGCCCUCUUCGCCAUGCUCGCCUCCAGUAUGAACAAGGAUGGGCUACUUGUAGCGUAUGGCGCGGGCUUCAUCACACGGGAAUUCCUCAAGAGCCUGCGGCGGCCGUUCAGCGACAUGAUGGAGCCGAAGUUCCAGUUUGCAAUGAAGUUUAACGGACUGGAGCUGGAUGACAGUGACCUGGCUCUGUUUGUGGCUGCAAUCAUCUGCUGUGGAGGUGAGGAAGCAGGAAAAAUGACCUCUCAGUUUUACUUUCGGAACAUAACAUCCUACUUUUUCUUUUGCUCUAUUAUUAUACUUUAAAAGAAACCAUCCCAGAAAGGAAGAUAAUCAUGAAGCCAUUCUGGUAAUACCUUAUUUUUGAUCAACCCGUCUAACUCUGGUUUACUUUCCUUUCUCCCCUCUGUCAUCAGAUCGUCCAGGCCUGGUGAAUGUGGCACACAUCGAGCGAAUGCAGGAGAGCAUCGUGCAGGUGCUUCAGCUCCACCUGUUGGCCAAUCACCCAGAUGACACUUUCCUCUUCCCUAAACUGCUCCAGAAAUUGGCUGACCUUCGGCAGCUGGUCACAGAGCAUGCACAGCUGGUGCAGGAGAUCAAAAAGACAGAGGACACCUCACUGCACCCGCUCCUUCAGGAAAUCUACAGAGACAUGUACUGA